CUUCGAGCUCGAAUGACUGACUACCUACAAGAGCAGAAUAAUAUUGUACACUCCCCCUCCUUUCUGCACGAAUCUUGAAGGAUUCUUGGUGGAACCAACCCCCAUAACUGCAAUGUAUAAUAUGCCAAUUUGUAUCAGCAAUUAUGUUAGCGUGCUUUACCUUGCCGACGACCCUAGCUGGAUGGAGAAAGAUAAGUUGUGCCUAAGGAGGGGAUACAGUCGAUAACCUGGCCCAACAUUUACUGUUCAAUCCACCUCGCGACAUCAACAGUCGUUUGUUUUACAGGAAAACAGAUUGAUUCUAUGCAGUAUUCUUUUCUCAUUUUUUUUGUACUAGUAUAUAGUAUCUUGAGUACAUUGCCAAAAUGAGCUUAAACUUUAGCAGCGUCCUCGAACCUCCGUCUUUGGGUUCAGGACUGCUCCUCAACAAAGGAACCCUGAUUCUGUUGCUGGCCGGUGUCGCUGCACUCCUCGUUGGCCUGGACAAGCUCCUCACUCCGAGCGUGAGCACCAGUGAGCCAUGGCUUCUCAAGCCUUCCAUUCCCCUAGUCGGGCACAUCAUCAACCUCUUGAGAUUCGAAAACGACUUUCACCAUAAACUCUACCAACAGACCGGCCGCCCCGCCCUCACCCUUCAAAUGCUCUGGGGUAAACUGUACGUGAUCCUGGACCACCGCCUGGGGUCCGCAGCGAUGCGCGCCUCCGAGGCCAGCUUUGACGAGUUCGGCAAGGCAUUCGGGUCGUACAUCCUGGGCCUGUCGUCCGACGUCAUGGACCGCAUCAACGAGGACCCGGCCUGGUUCGGCAACUACAACCGCGUCACCUCCGAGGCCCUGGCCCCGUCCCGCCUGCGCGACGUCACCAGCGACGCCGCCGACGCCCUGGCCCGCGUCGUCUGCGAGAUUGACCAAGAGUCGCCCCUGGAAGUCCCGAACCUGUACUACUGGGCCCGCGAGCUCAUCACGAGCGCCACGCUCGAGGCAAUCAUGGGCCCGCAUGCUAUUGUGACUUCGACGGAUAGAAGUCUUAACAAUGAUAUCUGGGACUUUGAAGCCGGCGUCGCCUCCUUCGUGACGCACCCUUUCCCCCAGCUCACGGCACGCAAGGCCUGGAACGGGCGGGCCCGGGUCAUCGACGCGAUGAAAACGUACUUUGACGGCGGGUACGACAAGAGCGAGGCCCGGGGGCUGGUCAAGGCGCGAUCGGCCCUGUCGCGCGCCACCUUCAGCGCGGCCGAGAUGCCGCGCAUCGAGACGGGAUCCAUCUUCCCCAUGGUGACCAACUCGGGCCCGAUGGGGUUCUGGUUUGUAUACUUCAUCUACUCGAACCCGGACGUGCUCGCCCGCGUCCGCGCCGAGCUCGAAGCCGCCACCCGCCUCGCCCGGCCCGACGACGGGUCGAGCGCGACGGUGGCAUCGUUCAACCUCUCCAGAGUCGAAGACGCGUGCCCGCUGACGUCGGCCUGCUUCAAGGAGACGGUGCGUCUGGCCAACAACGGCGUGCAGAACCGGCGCAUGGUGGCCGACGCCACGCUGCGCGACGGCGACGGCCGGACCUACCUCUUCAAGAAGGGCACGGACCUGCAGAUCAGCACGGGGAUAGGCCACCGGUCCAGGGAGAUCUGGGGAGACGACGCGCUGGAGUUCCGCCCGGACAGGUUCCUGCGCCCGCUGACCAGGGAGCAAAAGUCGGCCUAUCAGGUCUGGGGAGGCGGCGCACACCUCUGCCCCGGGAGGCACUUUGUCCUGCAGGAGGUCGUCUCCAUGGCGGCCGUGCUGGUCGUCGGUUUCCACGUCGAGCUGACCGGCCCCCUGCGCUGGGAGGACGUCAAGAUGGCGCAGGGGACCAUGGGGAAUAACAGCUGCAAGCCGGUGAAUGAUGCCAAGGGGCUGCAGGCUAGGGUUUCGAGGAGGGCGGGGUGGGAGAAGACGACUUGGGCUUUUGAGGCUUAAAUUCCGGGGCGUUUUGUGUGACAUUGCACACCAUAUCAUGGCAAUGAAAUUUCGAAGAAAGGAGACCCUGGCUCCAAUGUAUAACAGAUUCACAAACUAGAAGCCCCGCCUGCGUUAGCUACGAAGCCUAAAGAGAUCAAAAUAUUGCACGGGGGGGAAAAACCUAAAAGGCCAUGUAGAGGUGCACAGUAAACGUUAUUACCAUUCCACUAUAAGCCCGAGAUGGAUUCAUUCAUGGGUCAAUAAGUAUGUACUGUAAAUACAAGCCAAUUUGCAAAG